CUGGGACCGCGCGCCGCCCAUCAUGGCCGCCGCGACGGGGCUGCGGGGCCGGGGGCCGCUCCUCCUGCGCCGCGGGGCCCUGCGGAGCUUCACGUCGCAGACGGACGGGGAGGCCCGAGUGAGCCGCGUCCUGCGGGAGAAGUUCCCGCGCGCCUCCCGCAUCCGGGUGGUGGAUAUUUCAGGCGGCUGCGGCGCCAUGUACGAGGUUCACGUGGAGUCUGAGGAGUUCAGGGAGAAGAGGACGGUGCAGCAGCACCAGAUGGUCAACCAGGCGCUGAGCGAGGAGAUCAAGCACAUGCACGGGCUGCGCAUCUUCACCUCCACCCCCCCUGACCAGUGUAACCAAUAAAGCUGCUGGUGGGUACUGGGACUGAGUGCCCUGCCCUGCUCCA